AUGAGCUUGGAAGGGAGUGUGGUGUCGGUUCGGAACGAUGUCAAUGCCAAGUUUUACGGCCGACAAGUUUCACCCAAGGCUCUACUGAACACUCCAGGUCCCAAAGCUGCCGAGCCUCUUUACAAGGCUCUGGAUGGUGCGAUGCAAGGACAUAUUCCUAACAAAGGUUUCCGACCCAGUACUCUGUUUAAUGGAAAUGCCGCUGCGGGCUGUGAUGUCUAUCAAAACCAUCCACAGCGUCCAGUUUACUUGAAUCAGCAUUGUUCCUCGCCUCCACCUCCGGUCAUACCAGUCCCAGGUUGUUUUGGACAUGCGGACACGGAUACGCCCCCACAACAAAUUGCUUCUGGGAGCAUGGAAUCUUAUCACACUCACUCCCAUAUCCUUCCAGGAGGACACACAUACCAGCAACCCCAGUUUGGUUCAAUACGACCACAGACCAUUGAAACGAUAAAUCCAGGACCACAGCCGCUGUUUGAUGCAUCAUCGCCCGGCAGCGCUGGAGGUGGCUAUGCACAUGGCUGGUAG